ACUCAACUAAAAACACAACAACCAUAACAAAUACUAUAAUACACUGUUAAUUAAUGGUAAUGGACCCUUUAUUAUAUUACUCAUUCCUUUUCCUUACUUUCAUUUUAACCUUGAAACUUUUACUCCAAAAAAUAAAUUCAAAAAACCUUCCACCAAGUCCAUCAAUAACUCUUCCCAUAAUAGGAAACAUUCACAACAUAGACCUCCCACUUCACCGUUCCCUUCAAAAUCUCGCACAAAAAUAUGGCAACAUCUUCACGCUAUGGCUCGGUUCACGGCGUGUCGUUAUCAUCUCCUCCCAAACCCUAGUUCAACAAUGUUUAUCCAAACAUGACAUUGUUUUAUCAAACCGAGCCCGCUUCCUCACCGGAAAGCAUCUCUUCUACAAUUACUCUAGCUUACUCUCGGCCCCUCAUGGAGACUACUCGCGUAACAUUCGUCGAGUCAUCACGAAUGAUGUCCUCUCAACAGAACGUCUCAAGUCCUUUGCAGAAAUGCGAAGGAAAGAGACGUUGAAGUUUAUAACAAAACUAGCUAAGGACACGUGUGAGGGGUUCACACGUGUCGAGCUGAGGACGAGACUAACGAAUAUGACGUUCGAGAUUAUGACUAGAAUGAUUGUUGGUGAUGCUAAUGAAAUGAAGAAGUUUAAAGAUAUGAUAGAUGAGAUGAUGCCAUUGCUCGGGAAUAAUAUGGGAGAUUUUGUGCCUUUAAUUAGGUUGUUUGAUUUUGGUGGUUUGGUUAAGAAGAUGAAGGAUGUUGCUAAGAGAGGUAAUUCGUUUAUGCAAGGAAUUAUUGAUGGGAUUAGAAGUGAGGAGCAUGGUGGUAGUAACAUGUUACAACAUCUUUUGACUCUACAAAAAUCUCAACCUGACAAUUACUCUGAUGUAAUUAUUAAAGGGGUUAUUCAGGGUUUGUAUCUUGCUGGAACUGACACAUCAGCUAUGACUGUAGAGUGGGCAAUGACUGCUUUACUAAAUAACCCACAUAUAUUGAAGAAAGCAAAAGAUGAAAUAGAUACUCAAAUAGGAUAUGAUCGUUUGGUAGAUGAGUCGGACAUUCCAAAUCUUCCAUACCUUCAGAAUAUUAUUUAUGAGACACUUCGAUUAUACCCGGUUGCUCCAUUACUAUUGCCUCGCUUUACUUCAGACAAGUUCAAUAUCGAAGGAUUUACUAUUCCACGUGACACCAUAGUGAUGAUUAAUGCAUGGGCGAUUCAAAGAGAUCCUAAAACUUGGAGUGAUGCAUCAUGUUUUAAGCCAGAGAGAUUUGAAAUAGAAGGCGAAGCAAACAAGUUAGUUGCAUUUGGUUUUGGAAGGAGAGCUUGUCCUGGAGCAGGUUUGGCACAUCGCACAAUGGGCUUGAGUUUAGGAUUAUUGAUUCAGUGCUUUGAAUGGAACCGAUUAACUCAAGAAGAAGUGGAUAUGACAGAAAGUAAAAUAGGGCUCGUCAUGGAAAAGCUCAAUGCCUUAGAAACAAUGUGUAAAGCAAGACCAAUCAUCAAGAAAGUUAUCCAAGAAUUGAAUAUCUAGCUAGUGCAUGCACUAAAAUCUACAAUAACAUAGUCUAUGGUAUGUAUGGUAUGUAUACAAAGAAUAAAUUGGUAUGUAUGUGGUAUGUAUACAAAAAAUAAAUAAAUGUUUGUUGACUUAAAUAUGAAAACAGU